CUGAGGCCGUCCUGGCGUCUUCAGAGGCAGACAGUAGCCAUCGCAAGCUUCGCUCCUCAAAGACCGAGUCGUGAUAGACAUUCCGCGGCAAUCAGGCAGCGCUUGCCCAAGUAGGAGUGAAAGGGCGCGGGGUUCGUGUCGGAUGACGUAUCGCCGUUCAGGAUCUGAGCAGCGCUCAAACAACAGUGCGAGAUUCCUGUAAACCUACCUUAUGCGUGAUCGAUGCCAUCUAAUAACGCGUGGUAAGCUACGAACAUUAACUGUUUCCUACGUAAGUUACGCUACAGCAUGUGCCGAAUAGUAAAUGCGAAAACCUUCGAUCUGUAGCUGAGAAGUAGAAACGUUUUUCCUCACAACGAAACUGUUCCCUGCAGAGUUGCUAUUUAGGCACAUCACUGCAUCCAGUUGGUGUCUGACGAAUGCAGAGACUGCCCCGGAAUGUGGCUCUGGUACAGUCUGGUGCUGCUCGUAGUGGCAGCUGCCUUGUUCCUUCUGUACCUGUACUCCGUCAACCAGCAUUGGAGUAAACUGGGGAUCCCGCACCCCAAGCCGGAACUCUUCUUCGGAAACACACGCCGCUUUUUUCUACUCAAGGAAUGCCUGCCAGAGGCACUGGACAGGGUCUACCACCAGCUGGAGGGGCUGCCAUUUGGAGGGUUCUACCUCAUGAUGACGCCGUGUCUUGUCGUGAGGGACCUCGGCCUCAUCAACAGAAUAUUUGUUGGGGACUUUGGACAUUUCCAUGACAGGAUGAACUUCCCACAUUUCAAGAGGGACCCCAUGACGCACCAUCUUUUCACGAUGGGCGGCUCCCUGUGGAAGGAGAUGCGUCUGCGCAUGUCGCAAGUGUUCUCCGUGGGCCACACGCGCCGCGUCUUCUUCCUGAUGCAGGAGUGCUGCUCGCGCCUCCAGAAGUCCGUGGAUGUGGCCGUCCGGCGACAGCCUGGCUGCGAGGUGGAGCUCAAGCAGCUGCUGUCCACGUUCACCACUGACGUCAUCGGCGUGUGCGCCUUCGGCAUCGAGUGCGGUGCCAUUGAUGACGUCAACUCGCAAUUUCGUCGUAUCAGUAGCAUGGUUUUUGACACAUCGACCCCAGCUGCAUUUCGGCAAGUCGUCACACAAACAUUACCAACUGUUGCACUGUUCCCCGGAAUGAGUUUCUUUUCCAAUCACGUAAAGGAAUUUUUCGACAGAAUUGCAACAGAAACCUGCCAGUACAGAGAAAAACAUAAUGUUCUUCGCGAUGAUGUGGUUCACCUGUUGAUGACGCUGAGACAGGAAGGGAAGCUAACUACAGAGGAAGGAGAAUGUAUAGAGAUCAGCGAUAAGCUGAUGGCGGCGCACUUGCUUAUGACCUUCGCGCUCGGCUUCGAGAUGACUUCGACCACCAUGAGCUUCUGCCUGCACGAGUUGGCAAUGAACCCGGACGUGCAGACCAAGGCGCGAGUCGAGGUGGAUGCAGUACUCAGCCGAUAUGGUGGAGAAAUGACGUACGAAGCCCUGCAGGAGAUGCGUUAUCUGGACAUGGUGGUGGCAGAAACUCUGCGCCUGUACCCACCGAUGGCUUACCUGAUGCGGCAGUGUACUGAGCCGUACCAGGUGCCAGGCAGCGAUCUGCGCCUGCGGGUAGGGGACAUUGUGUACGUGCCGCUGCUGUCGCUGCACCGCGACCCGCGCCUCUUCCCUGAGCCGCUGCGCUUCAACCCGGAGCGCUUCAGCGGCGGCCACGCCCACCCAGCCUACCUGCCGUUUGGCGACGGGCCACGAAUCUGUCUCGGUCAGAAGUUCGGCCUGGUGGAGGUGAAGGCCUGUCUGGUGGCGCUGCUGUCGCGCUUCGAGUUCCGCCGCUGCUCGCGCUCUCUGGACAGCCCUGUGCCGCUGGAGCCUCGCAAGAUCAUCCUGGCCGCUGCCAGCGGCCUCUACGUGCGGGUCACCCCCAGGGCCUGGCUGCCUGUCAGCUAGCCACCUGAAGACGCGCUCUGCGCCGAAACGUCGAAGCGGAAGCUCUGUCGGGCAAGGUGUACUCUUAAGGCAGCAGCCUGAAGUCAUCCCAGGGAUGGGCAGUGGACUGUACGUUCUGAUUGCUCUCUUAUCUAGUCACCAGAUGAUGAGCGGCGUUGUAAGAACGUCACAACUGGGAACUCCACCACUGUCGCACUAGGAGUAAGACACCCACCACGUUAGCGCCGCACAUCUAAUCAUUUGAGGAUGCUCAGGGUAUCAUGCAACGUUACACUACGAACUCCAGUUCUGUUCUGCAGUCUCCAGACAGCACAUUUCCACUGCAGGUGUGCAGACAGGUAAUACUUACCAGUCACUUCCAGGGCCGGACUGCGUGUCAUCUAAUCUGGAGACGUGCUACAUUACAUAAACGUCACUCUGGAAGCUGCAACAGAAUCCUUCUUCUCCAAGCUCAGUGAUAACUUGAGUCGUUUACCGUCAUCUUAGCUUUUGGCAGCAGGCUGCAUGGGAGGCGUCGUUUCGAGGGUCUAGUUACCUCUGCCAGAAACAGAGCAUCAUCGAAAUGUCACUGCUGGAAUUCCUAUAUGAGACACUUUUCUCGCAGCUCUAUGAUAUCAAGGGUAUCUUCCUUUGAGCAGCAACAUAAACUUCCAGGUCACUUCCGAAACCUUGCUGCUUCUUGUCUCAAGAUGUGCACUAUUGCACGAACGCCACAAGGGGUAAUGUAUCACACUUGCAUAUUCGACAGUCGCGUACCGAGUCACGUAAGAGAAGAAGACAGUAUGUUUGAGUCACUUCCCACGAAUUCGUGCCUCAAAUCUAACCACUUGAGGUCAAUGAGAUGUGUUGAAACAUCGCACUUCUAGCUUCUAUCCACUCACGCAGUUCCUUUCAAUCUGCGCAAAAUAAUUCAGGUGGCAACAAGUAGGCUGUACAUUCAGGUCCUUCACAGGGCCUGGUGGCCUUUCAUUUUAUCAUGAAAAUUCACAGCACUGCAGAAAGGUCCUAUUGGCAGGUCCAACAUUGUCACACGCUUUUUCUUUUGUGGUGUGCCCCUGGUGAUUGUCAUAUUCAUUUGACGGCAGCCAGCAAACAUCCAUUUCGUGUCUGCCGGGGGAAUGGGUGUUUUUGUUGUCCUCGUCAUUUCAUCAUCAUUAUCAUUAUCAUUAUCAUCAUCAUCAUUCGUGAUAGUGGCUAAAAUGGAAUGUGCUAAAACGGGGACUUUCUAUGGUCGCCCCACAAAUCGAACAUCAUCAUCAUCACCCUGUUCGUCGCUACCUUAUACACAGUUAUCAGAAGAUAUACGGUGUUGCAGAAAUGUCACAGUCUGGACCUCCAUCAUAGUAGUACAUAAUACUGAGGACAAUCGUCGUAGCGGCCAGCAGGCAGCACAUACGAGCCAUUACGAACAUUUACUCACCUGAAGAUGAGAAUGUACGAUGAAACGUCGCCGUGGGAGAUAGAGCGGUCUGCUGGUUACACUGGUCCACUAGAUCAGAGUAGUAUUGUAACCUUCCCGUACAAAAAUAAUAAAAAUGAUAAUUUUUUGUUAAUACAUUAAUAUCUUAACUCAUGAAAACUGAUAAAUUUUGAUGCAAGCUGCUCUACGCCAUGGCUCUGCCAAAACAAUCUGAAUAAACUGAAAAAUUCUUACCUCAUGAUGGUGUCUAAAAAUCUGCUCGUAAAUGGCACAGCUUAGUGCAAGGCUGGCCUAUCUACUGAUAAUGGACAACAUUUGUCUUAGAUCUGAACUAUUAGAAAAACUGACUUUGCUUAUUGACAUAGCUGCACAGCUGGUCGUCUGAUUACUAAAGAACACAUGACUAUAAUCUGAGUAAAUUUUUGAAAUAUUUAAAUUUAAAUAAAUGACUUGAUCGGGACUGGUAAAAACUAUAUUCUGAAAAUCCUUUACAUUGUUGACAAACAUCUGCAAUCCAUUAUAUGAAAAAUUGAAUAUUACAAAUCUGGGUCAACUGGUGCUGACGAAUCACAGAAAAGAUUGAAAUAAAUUCAUAUUAACAUCUCAGGCAAGUGACUUAAGAAUGCGCAUGACAAUAGAUAUAAUAAAAUUUACAUUACAAUACAUGGCUAUGAACUGCGCUGUACCAGCGACAAACUACAACUGCACUGUAGCCGCGAGCGACUGCAACUGCCGAGAUUGCUCUAGGCUGCGGCUCUAUUGCAGCAAAGAUAUUUUCUCUCGCAGGCAGCGCGAGAGCAAUACAUCGAAAUUACAUUUCCCCCAGCAGGGUGGUGAAUCCCUUACAGUAUCAUGAUAGUAGCGGCAAGUGGGCCGCACAUGGUCACUCAUAGAGGAAUCUGGAGAUACUGCACUGCAUUGCAGAAACUUCUAAAUGGAACCCCCGGGAGAAUCGCGUGCUGUUCCAGAAGCUUCAUGCCACCAGAGUCGCUCAAGAAAGGUGCCUCUCUGUAGUGUGCACGUCGUCACUCCUUGGGGCAGUGUACGUCUCACCUAGUAGAGAUUUCUAGUCUUCUGGCAGCGCCACGCCACUGAUUCUGACAGCAGCUGCAAUCAGUGUGAGGCUACGAUAUUUGCAGUCACCUGAAGACUUGCAGCGAAACAACAACGUUGCAGUGCGAGUUCCAGCAAAAUUAUGCUCUUCUGGCGGUAUCACCCGGCUGGAAGCGCUUCGUGACGUCCCUAGCAAUAGCCGGCAGGCACUGGCUUUGUGUAACACCCAGAGCAGUGCAGUUACCAAACCACGCAGCGGAAGAUGCUUGGUGUUGCAGAGACGUCGCAAUGGAGUUCAUCAUCUGUUCUCUUUAUGGAGACACCUGAGAGGCGAAUACAGUUCAUCGAGUAAGCUAUUAUAUACGUCGCUUAGCUCAGUGAUUUGUGUAAUUAGGACAGCACUCAAUAAACUGAGGAAUGUGACAUGCCCCAUGAACUAAGGCGCUUAAUAACCACGAACACAUGGAAAAGCCAGAAUUAAGAAGAUGUACAAUUUUUUAUGCACUACCUUAGAAAGACUUUGCUUGGAAUUAACUGGGGUUUUAUUUCUGCCACUUUGUCUUAGUUCUGAGCCCUGUCUAUUUAGGACAGAGUUAAUUUUACUGAAGAAUGUGAUAUAUUUGUUUUUUACAAAACUGUCAGCAGUGCAGAUGUAAUAAUUAGAAAUAAGGAACAAAAUAAAAGAUUUUCUAUGACGAGGC